CCAAUUAUGAUGAAAAAUAGACCAGGAUAUUUUAUGCGAAGUACCAAAAAUAAAUUAGAGUAUUUUGCCGAUAAGACCAAAAAAAAAUCUGGUGUUUUGUCUGAAACACCAAGUGUUGCCGUAGGCCAAAAACAGUUUUUUGCCAGGGAUCAAAAGAUUAAAAAAAAAUUCAAAACCCACCCAAUAAAUAAUGAUUCGUCCGACCAAGGCACAUAUAAUGUUUGGCAGAAGUAUAAUGAUUUUAUUCGUCGCCUUUACUUAGAAAAGCCACUUAAAAGACCUACCGGCAAGCAGGUGACUCUCAAAUAUUUGAGCAAGUUAGCCAUUGUCUUUUUUGGAGCUUUAUUUACUACUCUUACCUUUUAUUUUUUGAUUGAUCCGAAUGGUCUUUAUAAUAGCGGAUUAAAUGGUUUAUUACAAGCCGCUUCUAAACUAAUAGUUGGCCGUGGCAAUGUUGGCUGA